CAGAGAGACAUGCUUUUGUCUCUAGCUCUGUUAGGGGAGGCUGUUACCUGGUAGAAAAAAAGGAGAUGCCUAAAUUGUGUUAGAAGGGAGGAGAGGUUUCCCCUCCCCGGGGAUUCAAAUUUCCCGGUUGGGAGAGCGUUUCGGCGCCGCGCAAAACCGUGAGAGAAGCAAGUUGCGUGAAAGCAAGUUUUCUUUAUUUUUCAGGAAGUCAGAUUGAACGAUGUCGCGGACCAGCGUUCCUGGGUGAGCUGACAUCGUUACAAGCCCUUCGGGUCCGGGCGCCAUUUCCGGCAAGCGCUUGGUUUCCUUUCCCGGCUCGCGCUUCCUCCUUCCUGUUCCCUCGCUGCGAGUUUUCUCAUUGGCCCUGGCGGAGCUGGGCAGGGCGGCCCAAGCGAUUCUGUGCUGCGGGGCGAGCGAGGAGACGAGCAAAUGAAUGGUGUCAGCUACGGGUUCUUGCGGCGUCUGCUGGGCACUUUGAAGGCCCUUCCCUUGUUAAGGCGUCCGGGCAAACAGCGGCUGGCUUGGUGGUUGCCUACCUUCACCAUGGAGCGGGCGGUGGUGCGCUGCGUCCCGGCGGAGCCUAAGCUCAGCGUUUCCAUCGUGCUGCAGGACGGUAAGACCCGGCAUGUGCACCGAGACCAAACGGAGCCUCUGGGCCAGGCGCUGGCUCGCAUCGCCAACAACGUCACCAAAGGCCACGCCAAGAAGGCCAAGAAGAGCAAAAAAGCGCAGAGCGAGCCCGACCCCGGGACGCCGGGGACGCCUUCUGAGCUCGUCCCCGUUCGCCUUUUCUCCCAGGACGGGGAAGCCGUGGCCGAAGACGUGCCUAACCAGGAGGCCUGGAAAGACGGCUCGGUGCUGCAAAUCGGCGAGACCCGCUACCGCGUGGAGCGCAAUCCGCCCAUGCUGACCGAGCUGCAGCUCCCGCGCUCGCUCAUGGCCGGCUUCCCCGUGUGCCCCAAGCUCCAAGUCGAGUUCGGCUCCGCCCGGGACUGCCUCUUCCGUUGGUAUUACGAGCAGAAGAUCGAGCCGGCUGAAACGGCGUCGGCCGCCGCGAGCAGCAACUGGGUGGAAGCCCCGGCCGGAUCCGAGCGCGUUUUCAUGCCGACCAACGCGCAGAUCGGACGCCGCCUGAAGCUCGUGUGUAUCCCGGGCAGCGGCGAGAGGCGCUACGGGCUGCCCCGCGAGGCGGAAAGCGUAGGCCCCGUGGAGGCUGGCCCGGGCGCCUGCACUUUCGAGGCGCGGCAUCUCUACACCAAGAAAGUGGCGGGGCCGGGACUGAUCCGCAUGGUUUCCUAUAACAUCCUGGCCGACAUCUACGCCAGGACUGAGCUCUCGCGGACCGUCCUUUAUCCGUAUUGUGCUCCUUACUCGCUGGAGCUCGACUACCGGCAAAACCUCCUCAAAAAAGAACUGGCCGGCUACAACGCCGACAUCAUUUGCCUGCAGGAGGUAGACAAGUCGGUCUUUGUGGAUAGCCUGGGGCCUGCGCUUGACGCCUUCGGCCUGGAGGGGCUGUUCCGGAUCAAAGAGAGGCAGCACGAAGGCCUGGCCACUUUCUACCGAAGGGACAAAUUCCAUCUCCUUAGUCAGCACGACAUUGCCUUCAAUCAGGCUCUGCUUGAAGAUCCCUUGCACAGAGAGCUGCGGGACAAGGUGGCUACCUGCCCGCAGGUUGAGGAAAGCCUGCUUAAGCGAUCAUCCGCUCUACAGGUUUCUGUCCUUCAGUCUCAAAAUGAUUCUUCAAGAAAGAUUUGUGUAGCCAACACUCACUUGUUUUGGCACCCAAAAGGUGAAAAUAUCCGUCUAAUUCAAGUUGCAAUAGCAUUAUCCCAUAUUAAGCAUGUGAUCAAUGACAUCUAUCCUGCUACACCUCUCAUCCUCUGUGGGGAUUUUAAUGCCACACCAUCAACUGGAACAUAUACUUUUGUCAAUAGCGGUAGUGUUACCGAAGAUCAUGAGAGCUGGGAUUCAGAAGUUAAAGAGCAACGGUUUGCUAUGUCUCUAACCCACCAGUUCGGUCUUAAAAGUGCUUGUGGAGAACCAGCCUACACUAAUUAUGUUGGAGGGUUUCAUGGAUGUUUGGACUAUAUUUUCAUUGAUGCAAAUGUUUUGGAGGUUGAACAGGUAAUUCCACUGCCAAGCCAUGAAGAAGUAACCACCCACCAGGCCUUACCAAGUGUUUCACACCCAUCAGAUCAUAUAGCACUAAUAUGUGAUAUAAAGUGGAAAUAAUCUCAUUAUUUUCGGAAAUGUGUGCUACUUGUGAAAAAUUCAGUUGGAAUGCUUAUUUGAUCACAAUUAUAUCUCAUUUAUAAUUCUUUGUAAGUGGUCAUACUUUUUAUAACAGCGUUCUUAUGUACCAGUGCUAUAUUUUUCUUCUAUUAAUGAACAGAAUCAAUACAAUUUGAAACUAU